AGGCCCGACACUACCAGUCUCAUAGAGGACUUUGACAAAAAGCACUUGAUCCUGCUUUGAGAUGGAAGGAUACUUACAGGCUUUUUAAGAAUCAUUGAUCAAUUCGCUUAGUGCUACAUCAGACUGUGGAGCGUAUUCACGUGGGCAAAAAAUAUGGUGAUAUUCCUCUAGGGAUUUAUGUGGUUGGAGGAGAAAAUGUGGUCCUACUAGGAGAAAUAGACUUGGAAAAGGAGAGUAACAUACCCCUCCAGCGAGUGUCUGUUGAAGAAAUCCUAGAAGAACAAAGAGUGGAACAGCAGAGAAGCUGAAAGUUCAGGCUCUUAAGGAUCAAGGUCUUUACAUUCCUGGAGCAGAUAUUUUUGGCCAUUUCUGAGCGGUAGUGGUAUCAAGUAUUCCAUUGAACAACCAGUCCCAAAAUUCUGUGAUCAGAUUCUGUGUUUCGUGUGGUAAUAGAUGCAUAUUAUUUCUUUUAUUUUAAAGAAAUGAGUGUAACUAGUAUUGCAUUGAGAGUUGAAACCUGGCUUUUAGCCACAUGGCAUGUUAAAGUACCUCUCAUGUGGCUAGAAGCUUGUAUUAACUGGAUCCAAGAAGAAAAUAAUAAUGUUAAUUUGAGUCAGGCCCAAAUGAAUAAACAAGUGUUUGAGCAAUGGCUCCUUACUGAUCUGAGAGAUUUGGAGCAUCCUCUUUUACCUGAUGGCAUUUUAGAAAUUCCAGAAGGAGAACUGAAUGGAUUUUAUGCUCUGCAGAUUAAUUCCUUGGUUGAUGUAAGUCAACCUGCAUAUUCCCAGAUACAGAAAUUGAGAGGAAAGAAUACAAAGAAUGAUCUAGUUACAGCAGAGACACAAGUAACCCCAAAGCCUUGGGAAGCAAAGCCUUCACGAAUGUUGAUGCUACAGCUAACUGAUGGAAUUGUACAGAUGCAGGGAAUGGAGUAUCAGUCUAUUCCAGCUCUUCGUAAUGACCUUCCUCCAGGUACAAAAAUUUUGAUUUAUGGAAACAUUUCUUUCCGUCUUGGUGUUCUCUUAUUGAAACCAGAAAAUGUGAAGGUGUUGGGAGGUGAAGUAGAUGCUCUUUUAGAAGAAUAUGCACAAGAAAAAGUACUUGCAAGAUUAAUUGGAGAACCUGAUCCUGUCAUUUCAGUCAUACCAAAUAAUUCUAACCAAAACAUCCCCAAAGUUACAGAUGUUCUAGAUACUGCAUUAGGACCUUCUGAUGAAGAACUCUUGGCAAGUCUUGAUGAAAAUGAUGAGCUUACAGCAAAUAUUGAAACCUCCUUGGAAAGAAGAUAUUUCAACACAGGUAGUUCCUCAGAUACUAUUUCCAUAAGACAGUCAAUUUUUGAACCAGGAUUUGUUAGUUCUCCAAGACCAAAGGAAAAACCACCCAACCAAUCUAUGCAUUUCACUGAUGGGGAAUUAGAUGACUUUUCAUUGGAAGAGGCCUUGCUUUUAGAAGAAACUGUCCAGCAAGAGCAGAUGGAAACUAAAGAAUUGCAGCCAUUGACUUUGAACAAAGUCACAGAUAAAAGUAUAGAGAGUGUUAGCAAGCCUAAUACUGUGAAUAAUUUUUCUUCGACUUGCAAAACUGGAAACAAUUGGAAUGAAAAAAAUGUAUCUGAACAAAUGACUAAUGAAGAUAAGUCUUUUGAUCAUCUAUCUGCUAUAGACCAAAACAAUAGUGUUUUUUUAAUUCAUUGUAAUGUACCCCUAACCCAUGAUUUUACAAAUAAAGAUAAGAACUCAGAGCCAGAUAACCAAAUAAAACAAACCAUCAGCAAUUCAGAUGGACAUUCUUUAAAAAAUAAAGUAUUAAAUAGAGAGCUUGUCAACUAUAUACCAAAAAGGAAUUCACACGUUUCUAAUGAAAAUGAGCACCAUUUACAGACUUGUUCUUUAAGAUCAUCAGAGAAUAACACUGAUCUUUCUAUUGCCAUGGAUUUGCAUUCUCCACCCUUUAUCUAUUUGUCUGUUCUGAUGGCCAGCAAACUAAAGGAAGUUACAACAGUGAAAGUCAAAGCAUUUAUUGUAACUUUAACUGGAAAUCUCUCAAGUUCUGGUGGCAAUUGGAAUAUAAGUGCAAAGAUUUCUGAUGGUACUGCAUAUCUAGAUGUAGAGUUUGUAGAUGAAAUACUUACUAGUCUGAUAGGGUUCUCAGUACCAGAAAUGAAACAACUAAAAAAGGAGCCUCUUCAAUAUCAAAAGUUCUUGAAAGGUUUGCAGAAAUGUCAGAGAGAUCUAAUAGAUUUGUGCUGCCUAAUGACUAUUUCAUUUAAUCCUUCCUUGUCUAAAGCAAUUGUACUGGCAUUACAAGAUGUUAAUAUGAAACACCUUGAGAAUCUAAAGAAGAGGUUGAAUAAAUAAUUUACCAAAACAGUAUUAGAAAACAAUUCAAAACAACAAGUAAUGCUUAGAAUUUACUUUGUUCACAAUUUUAUUUUGGAAACUUU